GCGGGGGUGGAGGGGGGGGGGGCAAGGAGCCUGGCGCCGCUGCCCUCGAGGACAGCCGAGGACCUAUUCGCCGCGCCGGGGCUGAACUCGCGCAGAGGAGCGGGGGGCUGGCUGCAGCGGGGGGGACCCAACGAGGCAUCCGGGAUUUGGGGCUGAAAUCUCUGCCCCCAUUUAUUUGGAUUUGCUUUCUCCACUCGGUCUCCACCGUGGCCUCGGAGGGGAUUUAUCUGAGCUGAAAGGACGACCAGGGAGUGAGGAGGGUUAUGGCGCAACGGUACGAAGACUUGCCCCACUACGGGAUGGACGGGGUGGGCAUCCCGACCACCAUGUACGGAGACCCGCACGGCGCCCGGUCCAUGCAGGCGGUGCACCUCAACCACGGGCCCCAGCUGCACUCCCACCAGUACCCGCACACCGCGCACACCAACACCAUGCCCCCCAGCAUGGGCUCCUCCGUCAACGACGCCCUCAAGAGAGAUAAAGACGCUAUAUACGGGCACCCGCUGUUCCCCCUGCUUGCACUGAUUUUUGAGAAAUGUGAAUUAGCGACGUGCACCCCCAGAGAGCCCGGCGUGGCGGGAGGAGACGUCUGCUCAUCGGAGUCCUUCAACGAGGACAUCGCGGUGUUUGCGAAGCAGAUUCGGGCAGAAAAACCUUUAUUUUCAUCGAAUCCAGAAUUGGAUAAUCUGAUGAUUCAAGCUAUUCAGGUUUUACGGUUUCAUCUCCUGGAGCUGGAGAAGGUCCACGAGCUGUGUGAUAAUUUCUGUCACCGGUACAUCAGCUGCUUGAAGGGGAAGAUGCCCAUCGACCUGGUCAUCGACGACAGGGAGGGGGGCUCCAAGUCCGACAGCGAGGACAUCACGAGAUCAUCUGUGGCCCUCGAUCAGACGUCCUGGAACAGAGACCACGAUGACACGGCGUCCACGCGCUCCGGAGGAACGCCGGGCCCGUCCAGCGGAGGACACACGUCUCACAGCGGAGACAACAGCAGCGAGCAGGGUGAGCGACCCCCCCCCUCUCUCUCCCCCCCCACACAGUGA